GGACGAGUAUGAGAGUCCUCUAGCACUCAGCACGACCUGAUUUCCUCUUCAUCCAUUCGAGCCACUGUCCUCAUACCUUCCGAUAUCAUCAGCUCAGAGCAGGACGACCUGUCGAGGAAUUGAGCUGAUCUGCAUCCGCAAGCUCUUUCCACUUAUCUCAGCACCGCUCAUUUGCCGCAGAGUAUGCUCCGCGGCCACGGUGUAGCAUGGCGUACAGCUCUGCGGACUGGCCAACGCACAAUAUGUAGAGACUGCAGACGUCAAAUUCUUCAGAGAAGUGCACUAGGCGCUUCCGCGACCGCUCCAAGACCAUCAUUAUCAUCUCUUCUGCACGCCCGCCCAGGAUUACAAAUACGAGAGUUCUCCUCACAUCCAGUCCGCCGAAAAGACAAGCCUCCGGAGGACGAACCAUCCCCUCAGCCAGAAGGCGCAGAGACGAAAUCAAAAAAGGUAGAGAACGAGUUGGAGGAAGCACCGCGGACCGAGGACAGUGCUGAGUCGAAAAGAUCGCCCUCUGAACCUCAACCUAUACCUCAAUCAUCCAGCGAUGGGAAGCCCGCAGCCGGCGGAAAUGUUGGAGAAUCGUCCUCAGGAGGCGGGCAAAGCUCAGGGGGCGGUGGUGAUGGCGGCAAGCGAGGACGAAAGACUACCCAGAUAUCCAAGCCUACUGUUCCGGAGAUAUACCCCCAAGUUAUGGCAAUCCCCAUAGCCAAACGACCUCUGUUUCCUGGUUUCUACAAAGCCAUUACGAUUAGGGAUCCAAAUGUGGUGGCUGCGAUUACCGAGAUGAUGAAAAGAGGUCAGCCGUAUGUGGGGGCGUUUCUGUUCAAGGACGACACUGCGGAUAAGGAUAUCAUUGAAAAGAUGGACGAUGUCCACGACGUCGGAGUAUUUGCCCAGAUCACAAGUGCUUUUCCUGUCCAUGGAGAUGAUCAGAGUUUGACUGCUGUGCUAUAUCCCCAUCGGCGGAUCAAGAUGUCGGCUCUGCUACCUCCAUCAGCAUCGGGAGAACAAGGGCCGUCAACCGUUGAAGUCCAGCCAGUCAAGGAGGGUAAACCGAAGUCUGAGGCUGCCGAAAGCAAAGGUGAUGUGGUGGCGAGCUUUGAGGAACCCAACAAAGAACAACCCACACAACUGAGUGUCUAUGAGCCAACAGCAUUCCUCCGAAAAUUCCCUGUGUCUCUAGUCAAUGUUGAGAAUCUCACCGAGCAACCUUACGAGAAGAAGAGCGAUGUCAUCAAGGCUUUGACAGCAGAGAUUGUUAACGUCUUUAAAGAGGUUGCUACCCUGAAUCAACUUUUCAGAGAUCAGAUAUCCGACUUCAGCAUGUCUCAGUCUGCAGGAAAUGUUCUCGAAGAGCCUGCGAAACUGGCUGAUUUUGCCGCUGCAGUUUCCGCCGGCGAGAUCGACGAGUUGCAGGACGUAUUGCAGACAAUGAAUGUUGAAGAGCGCCUGCACAAAGCACUUGUUGUCCUGAAGAAGGAGCUCAUGAACGCCAAGCUACAAAACAAGAUCACGAAAGACGUGGAGAGCAAGAUCCAAAAGAGGCAAAGGGAGUACUGGCUAAUGGAGCAGAUGAAGGGUAUUCGACGAGAACUAGGCAUUGAAUCUGAUGGCAAAGACAAACUGGUGGAGAAGUUCAAGGAGAAGGCACAAAAACUUGCCAUGCCAGAAGCUGUCAAGAAAGUUUUCGAAGAGGAGCUUAACAAGCUGGCCCAUCUCGAGCCUGCUGCUUCAGAGUUCAAUGUCACCAGAAAUUACCUUGAUUGGAUUACUCAGAUCCCUUGGGGGCAAAGAAGCGCCGAGAAUUUUGGUAUCAAAAACGCCAUGACUGUACUUGAUGAAGAUCAUUACGGACUCAAGGACGUCAAGGACCGGAUUCUUGAAUUCAUUGCAGUGGGCAAGCUUCGUGGCACUGUCGAAGGCAAGAUCUUGUGCUUUGUUGGACCACCUGGCGUCGGCAAGACCUCAAUCGGAAAAUCAAUUGCGCGAGCUCUUAACAGGCAGUACUACCGCUUUAGUGUCGGCGGUCUUACUGACGUUGCUGAGAUCAAAGGCCAUCGUCGAACUUAUGUGGGUGCCUUGCCUGGUAGAAUUAUUCAGGCUCUGAAGAAAUGCCAAACGGAAAAUCCUCUGAUCCUCAUUGAUGAAGUCGACAAGAUCGGUCGCGGCCACCAAGGAGACCCAUCAUCUGCUCUGCUGGAAUUGCUCGACCCUGAACAAAACUCCAGCUUUUUGGAUCAUUACAUGGAUGUCCCGGUCGACCUCUCCAAAGUUCUCUUUGUUUGCACAGCCAACAUGACGGAUACCAUCCCUCGUCCCCUACUUGACCGUAUGGAAUUGAUUGAGCUCAGCGGCUACGUUGCCGAUGAGAAGAAGGCCAUCGCGGAUCGUUACCUCGCACCGCAAGCGAAGGAGCUUUCUGGGUUGAAGGAGGUGGACGUUAAACUUGACGAAACUGCCAUUGAAGAGUUGAUCAACAAAUAUUGCCGCGAGUCGGGAGUGCGGAAUCUCAAGAAGCAAAUUGAGAAAGUGUACCGCAAAUCUGCACUCAAAAUCAUCCAGGAUUUGGGUGAAGAUGCACUCCCAGAGUCAGAAGCGCUCACAGAUGAAGGCAAAGCUGCCCUUGAAGAGAGUAAGAAGGAUGAUACCGAUGUUAAAGACACUCCCGAGAAUAUCGAAAAAGAAACGACAGAGCAACCCCGCGUUGCACUGAAAGUACCCGAGUCAGUACACGUCACCAUCACCAAAGACAACCUGAAAGACUAUGUCGGACCACCGGUUUUCACAUCCGACCGUCUAUAUGAGAAGACACCACCUGGUGUCGCUAUGGGCCUGGCCUGGACUAGUAUGGGUGGUGCGGCACUGUAUGUCGAGUCGAUUCUCGAAUCUGCCUUGUCGCACUCGAGUCGUCCUGGACUCGAACGAACAGGCAAUAUGAAACCAGUCAUGAAGGAGUCAACGACGAUUGCGUACUCAUUUGCUAAACACGUCAUGGCGACCCAAUUCCCCGAGAACCUCUUCUUUGACCACGCCAAGAUCCAUCUGCAUUGUCCCGAGGGUGCUGUUCAGAAAGAUGGUCCCUCCGCCGGUAUCACAAUGGCUACGUCCCUGCUCAGCCUAGCAAUGAACAGACAGGUCGACCCAGCGCUCGCCAUGACCGGUGAACUGACCGUCACCGGCAAAGUGCUCAGGAUAGGCGGUCUGCGAGAGAAGACGGUGGCAGCGAGACGUGCGGGAUGUUCGAAGAUAUUGUUCCCCAAGGACAACUGGGGUGAUUGGUGCGAACUGCCCGAGAACAUCAAAGAAGGCAUCGAAGGUCAUGCGGUCGACUGGUACAGUGACGUUUUCGAUAUUGUUUUCCCCGGCGCCAAACCCGAAGAGAUUAAUCAUUUGUGGAAGGAUGCCUUGCAAAAAUCCAAAGAGGGUAAAGAGAAGGAUAAUGAUGAGGACGACGAUUGAUUCAGUGCCUCUAAAUUCUAUACGACUCACUAGAGGCAGUUGGUGCCGCGAGUUUUCAAACAACUAGGUUUCGAGAUUCCUACCUAGCCCUUGGAGCCGUGUACCGGGUGGAUGUGUGUGUAUGUGUGUGAUCUUCCCAGUCAUCGGCAUCAUUUGCGCAUCGAACUGCUUGCAUCUGGCCACUCGCCUCACAACUCGUCCUUGGCCCGCGACGCUUAUAUUUGAUCUGGUCUGGUUUGGUUUCAGAAUGCACACGAAUCUCAUCCUCGUCAACUCCCAACUCUCGUCAGGCCCCCGCAUCUGCAUUUCUGGAGUCGAAGACAGCGGUUGAUUGGGCCAUUUUUUGACGUCUUGCUUACCUGGGCUUGUCACGAGAGAAAGUAUCUGUGGGAGCGCAGGCAAUUUCUGUAUGGUAUGUAUGUUUCAACAAAGAAAAGGAUGGGAUAAAUAGAAUCUUCGCUCUGCCCACGUGGCCGCUUGUUUGUUUAUUUGGCCGGUGGUUGUAGACUAUUGACGUGAUCACCUUUGUCUCCAAGGGAGAGGAAAAACCAAGAUAUAGAGUCGAAACAUAUUGUUGCAUGACGUUAUACCUUUGGUACCUAUACCGGGUUAUACAGAGGUAUGUUUGUACAUAUAGAAGACAUACCACUCGUGCAAAUACACUCUAUAAAUCGCUUCUACUUUUGAACAGCAA